AUGUCGGAUAUUCCUCAAACCGAAAGUCUACGCGAACUCCUAAACUCGCCGGGUUUUCAAAUGUUGUCUGAACAGGAUCAAAGCCGAAUUGCUGUGCUUUUUGCGAUGGAAGAUUUGGAGACUGCGAGGGUCGUGGCUGGCAACAAUGUCGCAGGAAAUCUCACCAACGUCGCUUCUGUCAAUACGAUGGGAAACAUCAAUGGAAACCAGACAAUGGCGCCCAACAACCAUGGAGUCUCCGCUCCUGUAGCUCCCAGCUUGCGUGCCCAAGACUUUGUGACAGCCGUGGUCACUUCGCCGAAUUUCUUGAAGCUGAGUAAGGAUCAACAAGAUCGGCUCAUCAGCUGCGGAAUCGCACUCCAACUACAGGACAUCGCACCAGCGGCUCCUCGACUGCUCGCCAACGGCCAGCUUUCCCCCCAUCCAUUGCUGCAUCCGAAUUCGCCCGUUGACAAUACGGCAAGCGGUUUUGCUACUGGAAACACAGCGAUCGGCAAAGGAGAAACGGCUACCAGCCAUGGAGCAACUGCUUUGUCAAACACCCCGACAGCGACCACUGCGCCAUCGGCCCACAACAACACGAUGAACAAUCCUGACAAGCCCAGCAAUCAAGAUUCGCCCGUUGACAAAGCGCCAAGCGGUUCCUUUGUGAGCCCAGAGGUCUGGAAAGCGUUGCACCCAUCACUUCGAGCAAAAUACUUGCGAGGGGCGUUCAUUUUGGAAACGGCGACCCGAAAAGAGGAGGCCAUACGCGCUAUGGCCAAGCGCAAAAUGGAAUCAAAUUUGGGCAUUGCCAAAGACGCGAUUGAAUCAAUGCACGGCGUGGCCCAAGAUCGCACGUUCCGAAAUGUCUAA